AUGUCAAUCUCUUCAACCGUCACUACUGCCAAUAAUUCAAACACCAACACUAGUACCAUACCUCCCAUAACAAACCGAUCUAGCCCAGCUCUAUCAGCUGUAUCUGCUCCCAGAAUGCCUGCCUGUGUUCCAUUAGCUCGGGCCAUGUCUCCUGUUGAAUUCAAGAACAUGAGAUUCUUGAUUACGGAUUGUCCUAUUGAUGCGUCUUUGGGUCAUUAUCUUGCAGAAUUCCAGGCCAGAGGCGUCACCGAUGUAGUUAGGGUAUGUGAAGCAACCUACGAUAAGACAUAUCUGGAGAGCAACGGAAUCAAAGUCCACGAUUGGCCAUUCAAGGACGGUGGAAUCCCACCCAACGAGGUGGUUUUGGCAUGGCUCGCACUAUGUGAAUCCCGUUUUGGAAGUGUAUCCUUCAACCCAUCCUCUUCACCUACUCCAACAAACGCCAAAAUAGUAGAUACCGACAAUGGUGCUGUCACAGGACUCAUCGUAAACAAACCAGUCAUUGCGAUCCACUGUGUAGCAGGAUUGGGUCGAGCUCCGGUAUUAGUCGCGAUAGCACUGAUUGAAGCAGGAAUGGCUCCAUUGGACUGUAUAGAAUAUGUCAGACGAGCACGUCGAGGAGCCUUCAAUUCAAUCCAAUUGAGUUUCUUAGUUGACAAUUAUAAACGUCAAUGGAUGAAGAAAUCAGGUAGGUUGGGUAUUAGUGCUGUGGGUGUCAUGAUGAAAAGAUCCACUUCUCCUGGAAUGGAUGCUGCUCUACGACGCAAAUCUGAUGAGAGCAACUCCAACUCGAAGGACGGAGACAGCAGCAGCACCGGCAGCCAAAGCACUAGUGGAGCUACAAGUGCCUUGAAGAGUCUCUUUCGAUUGAAGAGCCGCCCAAGCUCUAUGGCAUUACCAAGCCACACUGGUGAAGCAUGA